CAAUAUUAUAUACAUAUUCAAAAUAUCUGAAAUGAAUGAAUUGUUUAAGUGGAUUGAUGAAGCUAUUGCUAAAAAGCAUAUUAAACAUUACGAAUAUAAAUAUUUCAAAAAUAUUCAAGAAAUUGAUCGAACUUCAACGUGAAGUUACUUUCCAUAAUAACAUUAUUAGCUUUUAUGAAGUUUACUAUUUCAGAUCAAGGUAAAAAAUCAAAGUAACAGCAUUAAGAAAUUAUCUUUUAGUAAUGGAAUACGCUGAUGGGUGUUCCCUUCAAUUAUUUGAAAGAAAAUUUCGAGAAUCUUACAUGAGAAAUUAAACUUAAACUUGCUUUUCAGUUGGCUAGUGCCGUGUCAUGCUUGCAUGAUGAAGACAUAAUACAUCGUGAUUUGCAUUCUUAUAAUGUUUUAGUCAAUCAAGAUACUAUUAAAUUGGCGAUUUUGGAUUGUCAAAAAGAAUUGAAGCAUUGACUAAAAAGAAAAAAGAUUUAUUUGAUGUAGUUCCUUAUAUGG